UGGGGACGGGGUACAAAAUUAUGUAAAUCUGUUUGAUGUAAAUUCACGUUUCCAUUUGUGGGUUUGCACUUGAAAGAAAACCUCCUUUCCUAAUUGAUUCUCUUCUCUCCAAUUCACCAUAUUACACUAACACAACUUCAAAGAUCCCUCCACUCGUUCUCUCUCAACCCUCCAAUAUUAGUACUCUCUUUCUCUCUCUUUGAGUUCGAUUUUUGUUCCAGAUUUGCCCCCAGAGAAAGAUUUAGUAAAGAUUCCAUUUUUAGGGUUUUUCAGUGUCAAAAUCAUUUGGAAAGCCCCAAUUUCACUUCGGAUCAGAGCUCAAUAUUCUCCUCUUUAUUAGUUUCUUUGUGGAUUUUCAACAAAUUCUCGCUCUCAAUCUAUCAAAAAGAGCUGAUUUUGACAUUUCCAUAGGGAAUUUCGCUGCAAAAUUGCAAUGCUUGUGCUGAAGAUUGUGGAAUGAGUGGAAAUCUGCUGCAAAAUUGCAAUGCUCUUGCUGAAGACUGUGGAUUGAGUGGAGAAAUGUUUGGGCCUCGCAGUUCAGAUUCUCAGCUGAACAAUAGUGGGACAGUUUUUGUACCAACGCGGUUUGUUUGGCCGUAUGGAGGAAGGAGGGUGCUGCUGAGCGGCUCUUUCACCAGGUGGCUAGAUCACAUUCCCAUGUCACCAAUGGAGGGUUCCCCAACUAUUUUUCAGGUUAUCUACAACUUGACUCCGGGAUAUCACCAGUUCAAGUUUUUUGUUGACGGUGAGUGGAGGCAUGAUGAGCACCAACCCUUUGUAACCGGAAAUUAUGGAGUGGUGAACACCAUCUUCUUAGCCAGGGAACCUGAAAUAAUUCCUGCAUUUUUCAAUCCAGAGAAUCCUGGUAGAUCUAACAUGGAAGUGGAUAAUGAUCUCUUUCUUCCGGAAGCAAUUCCAAGAAUAUCACAAGCUGAUGUGGACCUAUCUCGUAACCGUAUAUCUGUUUUCUUGUCCACUCAUACCGCAUAUGAGUUACUUCCUGAGUCUGGCAAGGUAAUUGCUUUGGAUAUAAACUUACCAGUGAAACAAGCAUUCGAUAUUCUUUAUGAACAGGGAAUCUCUGUUGCUCCUCUAUGGGACUUCCGCAAGGGUCAGUUCGUUGGAGUUCUUAGUGCAUUAGACUUCAUCUUGAUACUUAGAGAGCUUGGGAAUCAUGGAUCCAACUUGACAGAAGAAGAACUUGAGACGCAUACUAUAUCAGCCUGGAAACAGGGAAAAUUAUAUCUCAACAGACAGAUUGACGGAAAUCUGAGUUCAUAUUCAAGGCAGCUUGUCCACGCUGGGCCUCAAGAUUCUCUGAAAGACGUUGCUUUGAAACUUCUGCAAAAUAAAGUUUCGGCGGUUCCCAUUAUUCACUCUUCAUCACAAGAUGGUUCGCAUCCUCAGCUACUUCACCUAGCUUCCUUAUCUGGGAUUCUAAAAUGUGUAUGUCGUCAUUUUAGACAUUCUUCUAGCUCCUUGCCCAUUCUUCAACAACCGAUUUGUUCUAUUCCUUUGGGUACUUGGGUUCCAAAAAUUGGGGAACCAAGUGGAAAGCCAAUUGCAAUGCUGAGACCCAAUGCCUCUCUAAGUUCUGCUCUUUCUCUGUUAGUUCAAGCUGAUGUUAGUUCCAUACCUAUAGUAGAUGACAGUGAUUCCUUGCUGGAUAUAUACUGUAGAAGUGAUAUCACUGCUUUGGCGAAAGACAGAGCAUAUGCACAGAUUCCUCUCGAUAACUUGAAUGUUCAUCAGGCUUUACAACUUGGUCAAGAUGCAAGUUCCCCAUACGGCUUCUUUAAUGGUCAGCGAUGCCAAAUGUGUUUAAGGUCUGAUCCUUUGCAAAAAGUGAUGGAGAGGCUGGCAACUCCUGGUAAUUUAUCAUGUCUUGUCUUUUUUAUGCUUACUGUUUUUCGUUCUCUGCUUUUGUGAUAAUUAUUCGAGUAU